UUGUGGCGGGUUACUGAAAUCUUGCAGACGCUCCGUCUUGGUCGCUGUUCCUUCCCGGAGAUGGUGCCUGACAGCUGUUCACUGCUGGCCGUGCGUGCUCAGCUGAUCCCUCUGCUCCUCUUAUUGGUUUUCAGCUUUGCUUCAAGAGCUGCAAAGGAACAAGACACAUCAUCACAGAUAUCAAGAGAUAGCAGUGAACCACAGAACGCAUCUUUAGAGAUCGAUGAAAUUGUUUUUGUUAUUCAGAGUCAAAAGCAAUCCUUCCAUGUGACUCAAGCAAGAAAGCUCAGACAGGAUAUCUUACAGCAGGCGGAAGCUUUAACUCAGCAUCUACCCACAGUGCUGUUUAUCCAUGAACUGGGUAAACAAGAAGGAACUUGGACAAUCAUUCCCAUUAUACCACACCUUUCAGCUAAUUAUGGCAAGAAAUCCUGGAUUUUCUUUUGUGAAGAACAAACCAGGAUUCAUGUUCCAAAGUUGUUGGAGGUCAUUAGUAGAUAUGACAAAACAAAGGAAUGGUUCUUAGGAAGGGCUCUGUAUGAUGAACAAUCUACAAUUAUUCACCAUUAUGCUUUUGCUGAAGAUCCAGUGACUUUUAAAUAUCCAGAUUUUGCAGCUGGCUGGGCCUUGAGUAUUCCACUUGUCAACAGGCUUUCAAACCAAUUGAAGAUAGAAAAACCUUUUGCAGACUUUACUAUAGACUUGAAACAUGAGAUUGCACUCUUUAUAUCCCAAAAAUCUAAUGGUCCUCAGCUGACUUCGGUAAAGGAAUUUUGUACAGAAGGAGUAACCGCACCUGAAGCAACCAACUGUGCAACUACAUUUCAUACCUCUCUUCCAUUUUGUGGAAAACUAGUAGAGAAGGGAAACAUCUUUUUUGCUGUAAAAACCUGCAAAAAGUUCCAUCAGGAAAGAAUACCAAUUGUAAAGAAAACUUGGGAAAAACAAGCAGCUCUGAUUGAAUACUAUAGUGAUUAUGCAGAUAGUUCCAUUCCAACCCACUACUUAGGAAUACCAAAUACUGAAAGAGGGCACUGUGGCAAAACGUUUGCCAUUCUGGAACGAUUCCUAAGUAAUGCUGUUCCUGAGGUUCCCUGGCUCAUGAUUGUGGAUGAUGACACAUUAAUAAGUAUCCCAAGACUCCAAAGAUUAUUGAGCUGCUACAGUCCGAAAGAGCCAAUUUUCCUUGGAGAACGUUAUGGCUACGGACUCGGCACUGGUGGAUACAGUUACAUUACAGGAGGCGGAGGAAUUGUCUUUAGCAGAGAAGCAGUAAAACAGUUACUUGCAAGUGGAUGCAGUUGUUACAGUAAUGAUGCGCCUGACGACAUGGUUCUAGGAAUGUGCUUCAACAGCCUUGGUAUCCCAGUAACACACAGUCCUCUUUUCCACCAGGCACGACCAGUGGAUUAUCCAAAAGAUUAUCUUGCACAUCAGGUUCCAAUUUCAUUCCAUAAGCACUGGAAUAUUGAUCCAAUUGAAAUCUAUCAAACUUGGUUGGCUAAAGAAGAUGAUCCUGUAUCACACCAAAUAAUAAAGGAGCCAAAAAAUGAAAGGGAAGAUUUAUGAAUGCCUUAAUAAUGAAAAAACAUUUAUAAUAUAUAGGUAAAUAGUUCAUUUAGUUUUCAUGAAGAAGGCAUUCAACUAGCAUUGCGGUUUUUGAAACACCUUCCAAAGCUGUAUUCGUAUUAAUAACUUUGCUUAAUACUUUUUAUAUUACAAAGUAAAAUGCUGAAUUAUAUUUGUAAUUCCCU